AUGUACAACCGAUCGAGCGGCUCGUACCCGGCCAAAUACGGCGUGAUCCGACGUCUGCCAGAGUACGCGGCGAUCAUGUACAUCGUCAGCGCCGUCCAGGGGCAGCUGGAGCGGGCCGUCAACACGCUCAACAACGAGGUGGCCGGCCGCCAGCAGGAGUUCAGCCACAUCAUCGACCUGGCGGAAACGCUGAACAAGACACAGAAUGACGUUAAACUGGUCACCGAUUUGCUGGAGAAUGCCUUCGUGCAGUACUGGAAUGACAACUCCACUAAGUACCAGCUGUCCGAAUUUUUUCUGUCACGCCACGUCAGUGAAGUGGUCACCGCGCUCCGGAACACGCUGACAAACGUUCUGACGAAGACAGCCACCCUGCCACUGGCCAGGAAGUCUCUGGACAACAGUCUGACGGUGCUCAUUGACAAGAUACGCACCAACAGCUUCAGCAAGUCCAUCCUGGAGAACGCGACCAGCAAAAUCCUGCGCGACCUAUACGAGUUUAACGUGACCGUGACGUCCGAGCUGGAGCUGUGGACCCAGCAGUCGCUGAACGAGCUGUCCGGCGCGCUGAGAACGCUGCUGGAGGCGCUGGAGCUGGUCCAGGCGGAGGCCAACGCCUUCCUGCGCCAGACCACCUCCGACCAGGAGUUCAUCCAGUCGAACUUUGUCGAGCUGAACGUGUUCUUCUCGGCGUUCACGGAGGAGCGCGUGGGGCAGCAGCGCGCCUACACCUUCACCAGUCUGCUGGCCGACAUCGGCGGCUCCAUGGGCCUGUUCGUCGGUGCCAGCCUGCUCACCUGUGUCGAGAUGGCCGAAUUUCUGGCCGCCUACCUGCUGCAGCUGGUGCAUGGAGCCUGGAACCGCUGCAGGCACAGGAAGCACGGCGAGAAGCCAGCACGCGUGUAUCCAGACAAGUGCAGAAUCGUAAAGACAACCAUCACCGACGUCUGGAUGACUUAGAUGCUGGUGGCUAGAUUCUGUUCACAGUUGUAGAGCUUGUUAUAACCCCAGCAUCUAACAGUCGUGGAGUUGUCACCGCACCGCUCCAAACAUUGUUUUGGGAUGUUAGAAGAAUCGUCAGCGGUCGUAGGCAUAAACUCGCCCUUGACUGUCGCUAGAAAACUCACGAUGGGCACAUUGGACAAUAGAUGUCCCGUGAGCACAAGACCCGAGGCAAACACCAAUAUGUGUUCUCAGCGUUUGCAACAGCCAUCUCGUCGCUAUGACUGUGGAAGCAUGAUUUAUGCGUGCAUGAGCGCCCGUCGCCAACUGCGGGAUAUACGUCAGAUGGGGCACGCCCUAGGU